CGUGAUAUUCACAGAGAGUCGGACGCGGUAGAAGCUCGUUUAUUGGUGACUGUAACUACCAGACAGUUGUGCAUUUAUCGGUACCUGAGUCACACUUGGACAAUGAAUUUUGUGUUUGCCGCGACGCUGUUGGCAUUGGCCAUGACCUUGACAAUCACAAUCGGAAGCACCGAGAGCAGUGAAAGCGACGAGGAACUGGACGACUGUCCAAAGCAACAACUGCUCUGCCGGCUACAAGGAAACAGAAGUAAACCAGAGCGUUGUCUCGACAAGCGAUUCAGAUCAGACACAGCUGGUCUGGUCUACUGCAAUUCAAUGCACUGUAAGCCAGAAGAAUUCCAGCAUGAUUAUAUUGUGCGCAAUCACGACCAGACGCCGCACAAAAACAAAUGGAAACGGGCCAGGAUUGGCGAGUCAGCCACUCUACACGAUGUCUGUCUGCGUCGGAACGGUCUUCCCGUGACCCGCAAGUGUCAGGUGAAGGAUAUGCGUGCCCAGUGGGAGCCCAUUGAUCAAUGGUCGCGAGUGGUUUGUAUGCGACGCUUCCGACAGCAUUCAAUCAGUGUUGAUCUAAAUAGUCUACAUGAUGACAUCUUGGAGGGCAAGCGACUUACCAACAAUACUCAGGGACGUCGCAGUACGACGGCUCUUAUGAGAAACAUGUUUCAACAGCAUGAUAGGACAGUUCUUCCAGCUGAUAUCCAUUUGACUGGCCAGGUGUUCAGUGAACUCAUGGAGCAGCCCAAAGAUGGAGCUUUAAGUGUUGAUCUGGUCUGCAUUUGUCGCGAGAUCAUGUCCAGUGAUGAAAAAGUUCUACGUUUAUCAGCAGAACUCAAUGCGACCAACUCCCUACUCAAUAAAUUUGAGGACUAUAUGGAUGCACUAUCUCAACAAUUCGUGCCCAGAGAGAGCUGUGGCAAAUCGGCUAUUCAAGCGGCAAGUAUAUUUGGUGAAUCAGCUGAAGCCGGUGUGGAAAUUGUCAACUAUGCGAAUAUUGGCGUGCGAGCUUUGAUAAGCAGCAAUCUGAGUGUAUUCUAUGUGAAUCCCUCAUGUGAAAACAUUACUGGCUUGGCUAUUUACUCCGUGCCAGCUCCAGACCGAAAGCAUUCCGACAGUGGCUUCUGGUAUCGGUUUCUUUACUCCAGCGAGAGCGUGGAUAAGUUAAGACGGGAGUGGGAUCUAGAGGUAGCGACUUACUUGCCAGAUCAGUUGUGGCGACAGUUAAAGAACAAAGGCGCCUCCUACCUCAUUCUCAAGAUCUAUGGCCAUGAUGGGCUCUUUGUGGAGACUUCACAGCAGCGUAGUCGACGACCACGCAGUAAAGUACUAUCCAUAUCAAUUCCCGGACUUGAAGCUGUGACUUUGCCCCAAGCACUUCCCAUUCUGCUUCGCAAUGAAAAUCAUCGACAGCCGGAUGAGAGGGCGAGAAUAUCAGGCAGUGGCUGUGGCUAUUGGAACUAUCAGACCUGGCUGAGUGAUGGAAUAACGACCAGUGAUGCAGCGGAUAUGCUACGGGAUCCAAUUAUAGUCUGUCAAACGCGGCAUCUGACGCAGUUCUCAUUUCUGGUGGGCGGAAGCUAUCGCACCGAUGACCUGGGCAAUGAGGUGCUGGUUAGUCCAAUCAAAGAGCGAGUUCUCGAUAUCAUAUCCAUUGUGGGCUGUUCCUUGUCCCUCUUUGGGGUGUUUGGCAUCUUUCUGACGGCGGCUGUGUUCAAGAGUUUUCGCAGUCAGGCCUCCACCAAGGUUCUGAUGCAUCUCUGCCUGGCAAUGACCCUGCAAAUGGUGCUCUUUGUCUUCAUCAACACGGACGACAUUUCGGAGCAACUGGUUACGCAGGGUUAUAUCACUCCCUGUGUAGUACUAGGAGCUUUACUUCAGUACUCUAUACUGGUACUAUUCUGCUGGAUGCUUAUCAUCGCCUUUCUGCAGUUCCAGCGCUAUGUAACUGUGAUUGGCAUUGAGAGACCAAAGCACUAUAUACUGAAAGCAGCUUUAGUAGCUUGGUUGUUGCCUCUAUUUCCCACUUUGCUGGUGGCCUGCAUCGAUCCGCAAUCGUAUCUGCCAUCUAAGUUCCAACUUGAUACAGACACGGGCAUUUGUUAUCCCUCUGGCUAUGGACUCACUUUCGGGGUCGUACUACCAGUUACGCUUAUAACGGUUGCCAACCUCGUCAUCUUCGUCUAUGUUUUCUACAGCAUUUCCCAUUCUCUCAGUCAGAGCAUUCAUCGAGCCGAGCGCAAGUUGGUCAGCAAGCAGAUUCGCCUCUCAAUUUUACUCUUCUUCCUGCUGGGUCUCUCCUGGAUCUUUGGCAUUUUUGCCUUCAUGCAGGCAGGCGUCGCAUUCUCCUAUCUCUUCUGCCUCACGGCCACAAUGCAGGGAUUUGUUCUGUUCAUCUACUUUGUUGUGCUUGAUGAGGUCAAUCGCAAGGCUUGGCUGGGACUGAUUUGGCCAACCAAGAUGAAAAUGGAUGUGCAGAAGCGUACGACGGAGCUGCAGUCGAUGACUACAAGCUCAACCAACUACUCAGGCAGAUCGGUGCAUUAGGAACUGGUGCCUGCUUCAUCAACAUAUCGAACAAAUUGUCAUUUGUAAAGUAUUAGUAAAUUAAAAUUUAUGUUAAUAUUAAAU